AUGACAUGCUAUUUGGGAAACAACCUGAUAUCAGCCAUCUUCGUGUCUUUGGCUGCCUUUGUUACUCUACUGUUGUUGGGUCACAUGAUAAAUUUGGUCCCCAAGCCACUCAAUGCAUCUUUAUGGGUUACCCUAUGUGCUAGAAAGCCUUUGCCAACAUUGCUGGAUGAUGAUUGCUCAACAUCUCCACCAACACCUUAUUUCAUUAUACUCCCUGCUAUUGACACUAGUACACCACCAACAGUUUAUGAUCCUCUGAUCACUGCUGAUCCUCAUCCUGAAUCACCUUUAGCAAAAUCUUCUGCUUCUGGUGACACAUCACCUGUAUCUCCUCCAAACUCUCUUGUUUUAUCUCCAAAGCCGGUUCCCCAACAAUGGUCUUCUUGGGUCACUUGA